CCGGAGAGGUAAGUUCCGAGAGACGCGCUUUUAAGGGUGGUGGCUGAUGGCUCUCUGUAAAUAAAGAGGCACCAUGGGAAACGCACCGUCAUUAGUCACAGCGCUGCAGACAGCUCUCAAAGAGCGAAAUUUGAAGGUCUCCAGCAAAGUCUUAGGAUCUUUUGUGAAGGAGAUAGACCGUGUGGCCCCCUGGUUUAUCUGUUCAGGGUCCCUCUCCAUCCCGAGUUGGGACAAGUUAGGGAAAGAUCUUGAUAGGAAGAAGAGGGACGCUUGAGGGGGGGAGGCACUAGACCACUAUGGAAACUGAUUAGAGCUUGCCUGCAAGAUGAAAAGUGUGAAAAGGUGAUAAAAGAAGGUCAGAGAGCCUUGACAGAGAUCCAAGAAAGCAUGUCAGAAACGGAACGGGAGACAGAGCUAGCUCGCGGCCGAAAGAGGACCGCUAAAAUGAAAAUUAAAAAGCCCCAGAGUGAGGGAGAGAGCCCGUCCAGGGCAAAAGCGAAAGAGCCCCGAGAAGCAGGUGACGACCGCCUCGGAGAAAAUAGCAAAUACCCCUGGGAAGAGUUGAGGGAACUCCAACUUUCCAAUAGGGAAUCAGAAGAUGAACUAAUGUCCUCGGAAGAGGAGGAGGAGACUAGGACCGCGAAGUGCGGAAGUAAGGGAACCAGCAAGGCUGAAAGGCAGACCAAAGAGAAAAUGAAAGCAGGGUGCUCUCCGUCGCCCACUGCUCCGCCACCUUAUGUGAGCGGUACACAUACUUUCUGUCACCCAGAUACCAUACAAGCAAUUAAGCAAAUGUUCCCUGUGUUUGAGGACAACGGGGUACGCUCCCACCAGCCCCUGAGCCAUAAACAAGUUAAAGAUCUAGCAGAGUCCGUUCGGGCUUACGGAGUCAGUGCUAACUACACCUUAGCACAGAUUGAAAGGUUGACAGAGACAGCUAUGACACCUACGGAUUGGCAGUAUGUAACUAAAGCAUGCCUUACUAGUAUGGGACAAUAUAUAGAGUGGAAAGCAUUGUGGCAUGAUAUCAGCAUGACCCAGGCAUGUGCAAACGCUGCCGAAGGGCAACCCGCGUGGUCGUAUGAUAUGUUGACAGGCCAGGGACAGUGGGUGGCCAACCAGACCGCCUUCCCCGCACAAGUGUACGCACAAAUAAACGCGUGCGCUGCUAAGGCAUGGAAAGCCCUCACUAACAAAGGGGAAGUGUCAGGCAAUUUGACAAAGAUUAUCCAAGGGCCGAGCGAGCCAUUUUCAGAUUUCGUCGCUCACAUGAUGGAGGCCGCGUGUAGAGUAUUUGGGGACCAAGAGCAAGCUAUGCCCCUAGUGGAGCAAUUAGUAUUCGAACAGUGUACCAAAGAAUGCAGGCAAGCGAUUACACCCUGGAAACAGAAGGGGAUGACUGCUUGGCUAAAAGCCUGCAGAGAAAUAGGGGGACCACUCACCAAUGCGGGCCUAGCCGCGGCCAUAUUACAAAGCCACAAACAAGCCAGAAUUACUAAUAAAAAUAUUAAGUGUUUUCAACAUGGGAAAUUAGGACAUAUAAAGAGAGAAUGUAGAAGCCCAACUUUAGAGCACACAACCCAAAAGACCCCUGGAUUGUGCCCUAAGUGCAAAAAAGGCAGACAUUGGGCCAAUGAAUGCCGAUCUGUUAAAGACAUAGAAGGGAAACCCUUAGAGCUGCCAAAAAACGCCCAGAGGGGCCCCCGCCAUCAGGGCCCGCAAAUAUAUGGGGCAACCAGCACACAAGUGUCAUUCGGGAGCAACAAAGCCCCCCAAGGAGAGCCACUCCAGGUUCCGCGGGAUUGGACAUCCGUGUCACCACCAGAAUAGUGUUAACUCCACAGAUGGGAGUUCAACCCAUCCCCUCAGACUUUAAAGGCCCCCUACCACCUGAUACAGUUGGGUUACUCUUAGGGCGCUCUUCUGCAACCUUGAAAGGCCUUGUAGUCCAUCCCGGAGUUAUUGAUCAGGACUAUGAGGGACAGGU